AAGCCCCACCCGAGAGGAAAGCAAUUCUGGGUCUGGCUCAUCUCUUAAGCAGAGCGGAGGGCAGGGCUCUCCUCUGGUUUGGGACUAAUGAAUGCCAGGUUAAUAAUAGCCAACCAUCUCAAUGGGCAAAGUUGUACAAAACAUGAUUUAAACCGCCUCCCUGGGAGCAGCAGAAGCUAGGGAGCCCCUUCCAGCAGCAGGUGGGAGCAAUCUGUGAUCUGAAUCGCCUCUUCUCCCACACACCUGCCGCCAAGGGAAGCCAAAGCAGAGGGUUAGAGGGCUCUUCUCUCUGUCCCUGGGAGAAGAUGCUGUCAGGCAACAUCCUGUGGGACCUCAGGGAGGCAGAUUCCUCCUGGACCAAACACUGAGAAAGUCUAGGGAAUAGUGUUCAUGGAAAAUGGAAGAAGAGGCUGCUUAUGCUGCCAGAUGGCUUGGGGGAAAUGCCCCUUAGCUUAACUCUCGCACCUUGACCUUUCCCUCCCCCGUGAUCACAGCUCCCAAGAGAGAGACUAUUAAGGCUAGGUUUUCUACUGCUCACUUUCCAAUCCUGUUGGCCUGUGGCCUGCAAACACUACACAGUAAAGUCUGAGAGUCAAACACAGAACUAGUAAAAUGCUGCCCAGUGAGACCCUAAGGCCCAAAAUACCACCAGAUUCCAUGAGCAAUAGAAAACGGAGUCUUGGUUUGUAAGCCCAGGCAGCUGGAAGGGAAAGACUUGAAAUUGUUCAUCUUGCCUCGGAGUUCAGAAUUCUAAUUUGGGAUCUUGUUCAUUCAUUCCAGCUCUGCUAGUACCAGGAGGUUACCCCUGAAACCCUCUUUAGUAAAAUGAGGGGGAAGCACUCUCCUUCUAAGAAUGCUGGCAGAACCUGUCUUGUCAGUAGGACUGGUAAAAAACUCAAGCUAAGACCUCACUGGGCAGGAUGUUAGGCUGAACACAAAGCCAGGCCAUAUCCUCAUCCCUAAGGGGUCAAGAGAAUUAUUCCCUCAUCUAUCUCCCUCCCCCCUCAUUCACCAUGGAAAUUCACCACGUGCAUGAAGUGAGCUCAUCUGUAGCUCAAGCCAGCACAUUCUCUUGGUACACGACUGCUCCCACUAACACACCUUCUGGCUCCUUUCCCACCAUCCGUGGCUGUGGGCCUGAGUUAAUGAAUGCUUGUCAUCCGGUUAUAGAGGGUGAGUCACUCUCUAGUGCACUGCACUAGUAACCAGUCCCUCCUCCUCUGACAGUCAGGCCCCACUUCUGCUUUUCAGUUAACUCCCAGCUUCCUCGUAAAGCAAGGGACUAAGAAGACAGGGCAUCCCUAUAUCAAGACCCUACUGAUCAAUGGUGAAAAAGCAAACAACACAGUGACAUAAAGCAGGCCUGCUCCAGGACUCAGCUGCUGGUGAGUCCCCAGAGGAACUUCCAACUCUCCACUACUGGCCCUGGGCGUUGGCGGGAGCGGCUGCCCUGAUCCCCACAUGCGGAUGCUGCAAUUACCCAAAGCAUGAAACCCGACUUCCUACGUGACUGAGUCAGCUGGAAACAAAAACACACCAAGGCUGCCGCACACCAGCCCAAGCAGCCAAACCACUCAUCAGAAGCUGGGAGGCACCAGCCUCCAAGGGAACAGCCCCAUACCUGCCGGUGCAGGAGCCCCGAACACUCCAAGCAGAGACCCAAUUCAGUGCGGCUCAAGCCAAGGCCCCCACGCCUUGAGGCCCCAGCACACGGCUCCUGUCCAUCCCAAGAAGCUCUGCGUCUGAACCAGUGCGCCCACCACCUCUCGCUCCAGUAAGUGUCCUUCCCUUUGGCUCUUUUCUCCUGAGACCUCCAGGCCUGCCUGCCGAGGGCUCCAACUCUGCCCUUUCCUCCGGGACACAUCUUCCCACAACUUUCAGCGGCUUGUUGGCUGUCAGGCACGCUGACAGCGCAAGCAGAGACCCAGGUGGCCUCUGCCCAUAGCCCUGGGUUGUCUCCCCACACCUUCCUAGCGGGGAUCAGCAGCUUCUGAGCCUCUGCGAGUCAGUCUAUCCCUGGGCCAAGAGGCCUCCUAAGGGCAGCCAAGGUGGCCUGCUCUUCUCGGUCCCAUGGAGACAUGGCGGAAAGGAUCUUUCCGCAACAAUUCUUUCUUCAAACGUCUGAGCCUGGGGAGACCACGACGACUCCGACGGCAAGGCAGCGUGCUCAGCCAAGCCAGCACUGCGGGGGGAGACCAUGAGGAAUACAGUAACCGUGAGGUCAUCCGGGAGCUUCGGGGGAGGCCGGAUGGCCGGCGCCUCCCUCUGUGGGGGGAUGAGCAGCCCAGAUCCACGCUGCUGGCCCCCCCCAAACCCCCGCGCCUCUAUCGGGAAAGCACCAGCUGUCCUAACAUUCUCGAGCCCCCCCACACCUAUACUGGCGCUUACUCGGCCACCCUGCCCUCGGCCAUCUCCCUGGCUGGCACGCUACACGAGUACUCUGAGGAGGACUCCCUGGACGCCACGCCGCUGCAGGGGGCACCUGCUGACCUGACUGACCCCUUCUUUUCCUUCAAGGUGGACCUGGGGAUUUCACUUCUUGAGGAAGUCCUGCAGAUGCUGAGAGAGCAAUUUCCCAGGGACCCAUGGGCUUGAAGGCGAUGGUGGGAUAGGGACGGGGAUGGAGGGGGCAAGACUGAGGGGAGAGGGCUAAAUGGCUGACCAAUAAAGGCUCCACUUGGUGAGCAGAUACAAAGGGCAGGGGAGGGAGAAGAACCAGCCUGAGCCUCAUCACAGACUUGAGGAACUGGUCGUCCUCCUCCCACAGGGUGCAGUGGGGCAAGUAAGGAAUGACUUCCUGGACAGAAGGAUGGAGGAAGGCCGAGGCAGGCUGAGACAGAGAAGGAGCUCCUUAGAACCACAAGACCAGACAAAGCUGGCCACCGGCAGGGCAGAAGGGAGCAAUCUGGAGAUGUGGGAGAAGUGUGGCAGGGGAAGGAGCUGACAAAGGUCAGCAGGGGUUGGGGGGGCCCCAAGACCAGCCCUUGUGAGGUACUGAGGACAAUGGGCAGGGGCAACAAGACCAGGACUUCAAAGGCAUCAAUCCAAUGCUUAGAAUUGGGGGCUUGGGAGCUGUAGCGGCAGAUUAGGUCAAGGAACUUGGCAGAAGGCUCCCUGGAAGCACCAGCAAAAUUCAACUAAGGAGAGGAAGUGAUUCACACUCUCUUCCUGGGAUCUAGAAAUGACGAGGGGGGAGGAAGAAUUCCUCAUCACAGCCCUGCAUGGAGGCAGUGACCAUGGACUCUCAGCCAGCACUUGGCAGAACCACCACAGAGUGCCCAGCUAUGACUGAGGAGCUGCCAGUGCCCACCCUGCCAAGACCCAGAGAAGCUCUCCAGGAGGAUAUCUGCCAGCUCAAAACGGGCUCCUUGGACCUGGGCUAUAAGAUCCAGCUGGGGGUCAUGGCCAAGAAAUUGGGACCAAAGGCUGCAGGACAGUCCUCAAAAGAUAGACUGGCCUGUGCAAUAUCCCAAAUUGGCUUGUGAAGGGAAGCAAAAGAAAGCUUAAAUCCAAAUGACUCCUUUUUCUUAUCUUGCCACCUCUCAUACCAGUGCCCUAAACUGUGGGGUCCCUUUGUGUAUACCAGAAAUAAAAAUGGACAACAGUGCCACAUCAAAGACCGUGGAAUAAUGUCCCUUUGUGGAAGGACCCUAGGGUUGUUUUGAAAAUCCUUUCCUUCUCCCCUUUCCUUGAGGUGUUUGGGACUGCACAGGGCCAGUCCUC